CAAUGGUACCAUCAAGCACAGUAAAAAUCUACUUCCUGAAACCGAAUUGGAAGAUAUUUUGAUUUAAUGGUAGAGCCAAGUCAUGAGUGAAGAACAGCGAAGCCUUGCUGCCACACCCGUCCCCUGUCAGGACGUACAGGGAGAUGAACGCUGGAUGUCUCUGCACGACGGCUUUGUGUCCUACAGCAAAGGCAAGGAGCCCGAAGUGCUGUUUGUUGGAGACUCCCUCAUUCAGCUUAUGCAUCAGUUUGGGAUAUGGCGGGAGUUGUUUUCUCCUCUACAUUCCCUCAAUUUUGGUAUUGGCGGUGAUGCAACACAACAUGUGCUGUGGAGACUGAUCAAUGGCGAACUGGAUAGCAUCAGCCCAAAGGUCGUGGUUCUCUGGGUUGGCACGAACAAUCACGGUCACACUCCAGAACAGAUCUGUGAAGGCAUCAUGGCUAUUGUCCAAGUCAUCAAGGAUAAAGUGCCCCAUGCCCACACGCUUGUACUUAGUUUACUGCCCAGAGGUAAAGCACCAAACCCUCUGAGAGAGCGUAAUGCCAAGGUGAACAAGCUGGUCCAAACUGCCUUAUUAUCGCUUCCUCAUGCCUCCUUCCUCGAUGUGGACUCGGGCUUCGUGCAGCCCGAUGGCACCAUCUCCCAUCAGGACAUGUACGACUACCUUCACCUGACCCCCCAGGGCUACCAGAGCGUCUGUGAACCUCUGCACAAAACCAUCACGGCCCUUCUCGAUAAACCUGCCGAGAACUGAGCUUCCAGGUCGCGUACAAUACACUACCACAGUGGUCUGCAUCCCUGUUCCCAAGGAGCCCCGUACUGAGCCUAGUGACAUCUUGAAUUGAUUGGAGAAUCAAUCAUUAAGGGCUAAACGCUGCACAGAUGUGUUGUGUGAAAAGUCUUCUCCCGGGCUGGGGUUGGAGACCACUGUCACAGAUAGCGGGACCACACGUUUGCUCUUUUGUUUACGUUCAUGUCAAAAAUACUCUGCAAGAAGAAACUGUGACCACGAUGACAGAAUUCAGUGAUCAGGAACAGUUAAAAGUGUCUGAUAGGAUUCCCUGGAAGGUUUCUGUAGUUUGUCAUUUUGGUUUCUCCAUUUUACUGAGUUCCACAAAUUACCUUUUAUUUGGUAAAAGCUUUACUGUGACGUCCGUAUUAUUUUGUCCAUGCUCAUUUGAAUAACCAAAGUUUUGAGUGUGCUUGUCUACAUGUGUAAAGAAUUGAUUGUUACCAUGUGUUUCCUUUUCACCAAGUCAUGUUAUCCAAGUAAUGUACUUCUUUCCUUCAACCAUUGUAGAUGUAUUUGUGGGGGCUUUCUUUUCUUUCGAUUAGAGAAAUUGUUAUUGCUACAUCAAGUUGCUUGUACUUCAUGUCUGAUCUUGUUUUGCAACGGUUUGAUGCAUUACACCAUGUUUAACUUCCCACUGUCAUGCUCCGACGGCUGAAUAAGGACGAUGCUACCAAGCUCAGUUUGCUAAUGGCUGUGAAAGUGAUGAAAGAAAAGCAUUAAAUAUCAAAACAGAUGGCCAGAUGACGAUUGUUACUGAA